GAAAUAGUCGGGCGUUAUUUGGUGAACACUCCUAACUUCCGACAUCUCUAUUUUGAAUUUUCGAAAAAACGGAUGGUAACUCCACCAAUAUUAUCUUUUUUUUUUGUUUUGAUUGGCUUUGUCAGUUAUGACUAUUAAUAAAUAAGAGCGCGUAGCUGACAUGUCCACGCUGUUCCCCUCCUUGUUUCCCCGAAUAACUGAGUCUCUGUGGUUCAACUUGGACCGACCUUGCGUAGACGAGACAGAGCUCCAGCAGCAAGAACAGCAGCAUCAAACCUGGUUGCAGAGCAUUGCUGAGAAGGACAACAAUCAACUACCAAUUGGGAAAACUAUUUUUGAGGGAGGGGGAUAUGAGGAGGAGGAAGAGGAAGAUGAUGAAGACGAGGAGGACACCGAGGAGGAGUCCGAAGAUGAAGAAGACAUGCAGGACAUGGACGAGAUGAACGAUUACAACGAGUCACCUGACGAUGGCGAGAUCAAUGAGGUGGACAUGGAAGGGCAAGACCAAGAUCAAGACCAAUGGAUGAUUUGACAAAGAAAGUGUUUUUUUACUUUUGCUAUUAACAUGUGAUUUUGUUGACUACAAAAAUGACUAUGACUACAAAUAUGUGGUACGUAUGCAUCAUCCAAUAACAUAUUGCUGGUCAAUGCGGGACAUUGCUUGCUGGUAAAAUUGCUCCUGGCGGCAAAGUUCCUCACAGGGGAUUUCAUAUUUCUUGGUUUAAUAGUACAUCCUGUUUAAACCCUUCUCACCAGUUAACCUUGGCCAUAUCAUGUUUUUCAUGUGACACCAACUGACAAUACAUUUUAGCUGAGUCAGCUAUAAAACGUGUUACUCAAGGAGAUUUAUUGGAAAGAUUUUGCAGUAAACUCGCCUGAUUGUUUC